AUGGGAUCACAAACAGAAACGCCAAAUGGCUCACGCCAGGAUUUACCAGUUCUCUUCUUCGAUAUUGACAACUGUUUAUAUCCCAAGAGCGCCAAAGUCCAUGACCUCAUGGCAGACCUGAUAGAUCAGUACUUUGCAAAGCACCUCGGCCUGGGCGAAGAAGAAGCUAUCCGGCUGCACAAGGAGUACUAUCAAAACUACGGACUGGCCAUUGAGGGACUCGUCCGCCACCACCAGAUCGACCCCUUGGAGUACAAUGCAAAGGUGGACGAUGCACUCCCCCUGGAAGGCAUCAUCAAGCCAAACCCGCAACUGCGUAAGAUGCUCGAGGAUAUCGACACCAGCAAGGUGAGGCUCUGGCUGCUGACAAAUGCCUAUGUCAACCAUGCCAAGAGGGUCGUCAAGCUGCUCGGUAUAGAGGACCUGUUCGAGGGCUUGACGUAUUGCGACUAUUCGUCGAUCCCAAUCAUAUGCAAGCCUCACAAGGACAUGUUUGCCAAAGCAAUGAGAGAAGCAGGUGUACAGCGCAACCAGGACUGCUACUUUGUCGACGACAACUACGGCAACUGCAAAGGCGCAAAAGAGCUUGGCUGGACGGCAGUACACCUCGUUGAGGAGGGUGUCAAGGUCCCAAGGACGCAAGCAUCACAAUACCAGAUUCGACACCUGGAAGAACUGCGCAACGUCUUUCCUCAGUUCUUCAAAUCUGAAAGCUAA